AUAUAUUAAAUUCAUGUAACUAACAAGCAUCAUUUAGUCGAAGAAAAAGUACUCCGUAGAACGCUGGUUUAAGUCUAAAGUUAGAAAAACAUCCGAGACUUUUUAAUACGGUCAUAAGCGUUAAGAUGGUUCUAAAGUUUCAUCUUCUUUUUUUAUGCAUUGUGUGUUCUGGAGCCGUUGAACAAAUUCUUUGGACAAUGGUUAAAGAAAUGAAUGAUAUAAAUUCUAACCUUUAUGUAGUACGCCAAAGAGAGAAUACCCGGUGCUUAGAAUGCGGCACAAGGGCUAAAAUGAUGAACGGACAAGCAUUUUCUUGCCAUAAUGACGAUCAGUUGUGUUCGGUUCAUUAUAAAUGCCUUCUAAAAUUUAACCUUAUCACCGGAACCUGGAUAACAGAAGUAGGAUGGAAACAUUUCUGCAAUAAUAUACACGUAACAGCGCCAACAACUUGGAUUGACAUAGGGCCUCUGUUAUUAGGCAGACGGUCUAUACAGUUCUCCGUAAAAGUAUCUAAUGAUGCCUACUUCGGUCUGUCUUCCGGUAACACAACAGCCUUUCCUGGCUACUGGAUUAUUUUGGAAGGAUUUUCAAUGGACCUCAAUUGUAUGAGAGAUGGGUUUGUUUCCGGUACCUGCUACUCCCAACACAUCGGAUCGUAUCUCUCACCCAGGGAGUUCGUCCGGUAUUGGGUUCAGUGGGAUCAUGGAAAUAUCCUUGUCGGAAUCGGGGAAGCGGUUGGAAGCUCAAAAAUCAUGGAACAUCAGUUUCCAAAUGCUUAUCCUAUCAGCAACGUACUUCUUAGAAACGGACAAUGGAUAAUUUACCUCUAAGAACAUUCAUAUCCCAUGCAAUAUUUUGUUAAAAGAACUCCACUAAAGUUAACAUUCCAUUUGUCUGCACAACCUUGGUGGGUUAUAGGACCGACGUCAUCCAAAAUUAAACAUUCA